AAUGGCCACUCGAAAAUGUGCAGUUUUGUCACACAACACAAUGCCACAGAUGUAUCAAGUUUUGAGGGAGCGUGAAAUUGGCAUGCCGACUGCAGCAAUAUCUACCAGAGCUGUUGCCGGAGAAUUUUAUUUUCAGAGGACCCAUGGCUUUCGACCUUCGUCUCUCCCGAGCCCGUACCGGAGCUGUAGCGUUGAGACAAGAUAGUAACUACUAACAAAUGGAUACCACGAAAAGGGGGUAAAGUUUAAAAAAAAAAAUUCAAGUACAAGACCGUGACAGACAAUCCAGUCAAAGGCACUCAGUAGCAGUUAUUUUGGUCUGUCUUCACCUAAAGGAUUCUGUUGCUUUAUCAGCUUCUAUGUGUCCAUAUAAAGGGUACUGGAGACUGGGGCCAUGUGGAAGUGCCUGUCCAAAUAUGUCUGCAUCUUCCUCCUGCUGACCCUGUCAGGCGUCUUCUUCCUGUUCCGCAACAUCAGCAUUCUAGAGUGGAAGUUAGACCUAUGCAUCUGGGAACUAUGCAGCAACCACUCAGAGGGCCCUACUCCCCUGGACCACAAUCAAAGCUGUAACCACCUGAGCCAGGGCCAGGAGCGCACACCUGAGGAAGCUCUGGAGGAGCAUUACCUCCUGGAGUCCAUUGCCUGGCCAGAGCCUCCGCCCCGGCCCACGUCUAUACCCCUGGAACAGACCAGUGACCCUGCGCACAGCCAUUUUGCAGUGCUGCCAGCAGUGGGUGGGAGAGAGUGGCACGUGGGGGACCAGCUGGAGUCUCUGGUCCUUAUGAAAGAUUUCCAGGGACAUCCCAAGAGCCAUGGUGGGGACUUCUUGCUGGCUAGGCUGCACUCCCCAGAGCUGGGGGCGGGCGUUGCAGGACAGGUGUUGGACCACCAGAAUGGGACCUACUCUGCCAUUUUUCUGUUACUGUGGGAGGGGUCUGUACAAGUGGAGGUGACACUAGUUCAUCCUAGUGAGGCAGUUGCUGUUCUACGAAACUUACGUGAAGAACGGCCCAACCGGGUGCUUUACAAGAGCCUGUUCAAAUGUGGAUUACUCUCUGAGACCACAAUGUGUAACCUUUGUCUGCCGACCAACCAGGAGCCGCUGUGCAAUUACACAGACCCCCACACGGGUGAACCCUGGUACUGCUACAAGCCUAAGCAGCUGCUGAGCUGUGACACACGAAUCAACCACUUCAAGGCAGGCUACCAGAAAGAUCUGAUAACCGACAAAGAAGCACUGCUCUUCCAGAGUGGCGUAAACCUCAAAACACGUAUUCGGGCUAAGGGGUCUGCCAGUGUCACUGUGCUGCCUAAGAAGAAAGACAAACCAAAGGUGGAAAGCAGCCAUGCAAAGCCAGCGCCUGUCAGGACCACUCCCUCUGGGUAUUACUUCCAAGGGUCAUGGCAGUCCCUGGGUGAUGUCGUGAUGCGCCAGUUUAAUGAUCCAACUGCCAUUACUCAGUGUGUGAAGGGCAAGGUGGUGUACAUGUACGGAGACUCCACCGUUAGACAGUACUAUGAGUUCCUCACCAACGUAUUGCCAGAGUUGAAGGAUUUCAACCUUCGAAGUCCGGUGAGGGCAGGGCCCUUCAUGGCGGUGGACAUCCCCCACAAUAUCCUGCUGAAGUACCGCAGCCAUGGCCCCCCCAUCACCUGGACCCCUCUCAGCAUCAGUCAGCUGCGCUAUGUAGCUAAUGAGCUGGAUGGCCUGGCCGGGGGCUCAGACACUGUUGUAGUCAUCAGUGUUUGGGCCCAUUUCUGUACCUUCCCUGUGCAGGUUUACAUUCGUCGACUCCGCCACAUUCGAAGGGCGGUUGUGCGGCUUCUGAACCGGGCUCCGGGGACUGUGGUAGUGGUGCGCUCGGCAAACCUCCGGGCCCAAAGCCUAGAAGAGACCCUCAUCGUCAGUGACUGGUUUUCGGUUCAGUUGGACGGGGUGAUCAAGGCCAUGUUUAGGGGCCUGAAUAUCAAGUUAGUGGAUGCCUGGGAGAUGACCCUUGCCCACCACCUCCCACACAAUAUCCACCCCCCUCCGAUCAUUAAGAACAUGAUAAACACUAUCCUCUCUCACAUCUGCCCAGUGAAGAACUAGCAGAGAAAUUACAUUAUUUCUGGCACAAUUUACAAAAUAACUAGCAUGGGUGGAGCAUUGUCCAACUAGGUCACAUGAUUCAUCACUUGAGCCUGCUAAAUUUUAACAUCUACGAGCAAAAAGUAUGUCUCAACACCAUUAAGAGUCUAAAUGACAAUGGCAUCCUACUAGCAUAUCUAGUGACAGAAAGAUUGCCUCAAAUCAACAUGUAGCUUUUGUCCAGGCUGCGCUCUCCAAAUUCCAAAGAUUGCAAUUUAUUGUACAAUGAAAUCGUUUUUUUUUACAGUUGUGGUUUUAGUCUUUGUACUGUACCUCUGCUUUAAAAAAGAAAGGAAUUCACUUUUCAAUUAAAAAAAAGCCAUUUAUGGGAAUUUUUUCAAAGGUGUGUGAAACUGGUGAU